AUGUAGAUAGAUAGAGAUAGAAUAAAAUCAUCUCAAUUAUUGGAUUUAUAAAAAAACUAGCUAACUAGCUUGCUAAGUAAAUCCUUUGAAGAUAAAUUCAAAAGAAGAAGAAAUAUUAAAUUAAAAAUAAUUAAAAAGCAGAAAGAAAUGAACAAUUAGAAUGAAGAACACAAAGAAAGUGCCAAUAGCAGUUUAUUGUCUUCAAUGGUCAACGCAUUGGUAAUUAUAACAGUUAUAGCUGCUAUUAUAAUUCCAUUGCUCAAAAACCUGAAGGAAAAGUUUUUUUAACAAAAUAAUCGUGCUAAUAGCCCUUAAUUUUCUUAAUAAAAUAAAAAUCAAUCUUCUCCCAUUUAAGGCUUACAAAACUUUCAUGCGAAUAGCGAAAAUUAAGGUUAGGCUAAUCAAUUUUAUUCAGAUCAAUUAGAUAAUACUCCAAGUACAGCAAGUUAUUAGCUGAUAUAAAGAAGCUAAGGCAUCUAGCAGUGGAACGAUAGGAAUGAAAGGUUUAAAUAAAUUCUUGAUUAAUAAGAGAAUCCUGUCACUAAUAUCAUUGAUUAUAAUACUCAGGUUAGGAAAUUUAUAGGAUAAAAGAUCUCCUUUAAUGUAAAACUACUUUUUGAAGAGCUAAAAAGUAAAAGCUUAGAGGCAAACUGCUAAACUUAUGAGUACUUAUUACAGAUUUUAUUAGAUUGCAAACAAGUCGAAGGCGCGUUAGAUCUUUUUGCUUUAUUUUAGACUUAAUUCCUAAAGUUAGAAGUCAUAACUCCCAACAUUAUUUGCCUCUUUCUAAAAGCGAUUUAAUAUGGACUGAAUAAUUAAAUUUCAAGUUAAUAAAGCAUUUAAAUGGUAGAACAGUUGAACUCAAUUGUAAAUAAAUAUAAUUUGAAAAUGAACGAGGGAAGCGUUAUUGCUAUGAUUGAUAUUGCUUUAAGAUCUAAUAAGUUAGCAUAAGCUUUGUAGACGCUUGAUAAUUUAGAGAGAGAUGAAACAUGGAAAGCAAAAGAAGAUAUCUAAAAGAGAAGGUGUGAACUAUAUUACUAAAUACUUAAAAACCUUAAAGGAAUCUAAUAUAGCGAAAACGAUGAAACAUUGUAAAAGUUAUGUUAAAUGGUUGAAUAUUUGAAUGAAAAGAAAGAAGAAGAAAACAUAUACCCUGAUGAGGCAAUGAUUAAUUCCUUAAUAGAUUUAUGUUUCUAGUGUGGCUAAGUAAAGUUAGCUCUAGAUGUCUAUGGAUAUUUUGAUAAAUUUGGUGUUUCACCUUCUGGAGUAACUUACUGCAUACUAAUCAAAGGUUAUGGCUAGCACAAAUAAUUUAAUUAUGCUAUGACCAUUUAUUAGUAAAUGAAGACAAAUAAAAUUUCCCUUAAUGAAGUGACUCUAGGAUGCUUGAUAGAUACAUGUGUUAAAUGUAAUUAACUCAAUAAAGCAGAAGAAAUACUCUUAGAAGAAAAGGACAUAAAGCCUAAUACAAUCAUUUACACAACUUUGCUCAAAGGAUACACAAAAUAAGAAAACAUGAAAAAAGCCUUAGAAAUAUUUGAAAUAAUGAAGAAGGAUAAAGAUCUAGAACCUAAUAUUGUUUCUUACAAUAGUUUGAUGGAGUGUGCUGUUUAGUGUAAAGACAAAGAAUAGAUGAAAAAAAUUUUCAAUGAGAUUAUGGAAUAGAAAGAAGAAAAUAAAAGAGCAGACUUGAUUACGUAUAGCACUUACAUUAAAGGGCUUUUUAAGCAGGGAGACAUUGAAGAAGCUUUAGAAAUUUUUGAAGACUUGAGAAAAUAAGAAUAAUAUAAGCUUGAUGAAAUUUUUUAUAAUAGUAUACUUGAUGGGUUGUUUAAGGCUAGGUCAUUCGAAAAAACUUAAUUGCUUUAUCAAAAAAUGAGACAAGACAACAUUCAACCAUCUAACGUUACUUAUAGCAUUUUAAUCAAGCUAAAUAGUGCUUAAGACAAGGUUGAUGAAGCAUUAAAUAUCCUAAAAGAAAUGAAGAAAGUCAGUAUUAAACCAGGUUUAAUUGUUUACACCUGCUUAAUCUAAGCUUGCAUUAAACAUAAGCGCAUCAGAGAGUUACUUCCACUAUAUGAAGAUAUGAAAAGAAACAAUAUAAGAGGUGAUCCUGUCUUUUACAACACUCUCGUUAGUGGUUUAAUGUUCAAUAAUUGCGUAAAUGAUGCGCUUAAAAUGACAAUUGACACUCUAGAAAAGAAAGUAAUUUUGAAUCAAGAGGUGUAUCAAAAUCUUCUGACAAAAGUUUUAAGCAAGAGAAAGGCUAUGGAAAAUACUCAAAACAGCGGGGAAAAUAACGAAGUAGAAGACUAGAGAUCGAGAACAUAUUCAGGAAAUAUUAGAUUUACAUCUAAUUUCAAUUAGAUGAAUAGCUAAAAUUUUGAAACAGAAUAGUUGACAUUGCAAGAAAUAGAAAAAUGCUUAUAAAAAAUGUUAGUUUUACUAAAAAAACAUCAGGUUGAAAUAGAUAUUGAUCUCUACAAGGAAGUUGUUAAUUAAAUCUUUGUUAAUAACAAUGAUGAAAAAAAGGAAUAUCUAUAGUAUUUAAACCAAAAGGGAUCAAACAACAUGAACAGAUAAUAUUGGGGAAAUAGAAAUAAUUUAGGUGGUUUUAGUCAAAAGAACUCUGGUUUCUAAAAUAAUUAUAACAAUAAUUAUUCUACAAAUACGAAUAAAAAUAAAUCUUAGUCUUUUCACUAAAGAAAGAAGACAGAUGAUUCUCUUCUUUUUAAUAAUGGAUCGUCAGUCUCAUCUUAAUAUAAUAAUAAUAACUUGAAUUCUAGCUACAAUUCAAAUAAAAUAAAUUUUAGGACAAAUAGUGGGUUUGAGAAUGGAAAUAACAAUAAUAAUCAUAAUAUCAAUAAUAACUAUAGCAAUCCCAAAGUCGGCAAUAAUCAAGAAGGAAGAAAAUUCAUUAAUAAACCAAAAAUAGGAGGCGGACCUUCUAUUGACGAUUUAAAGAAUAAGCUAUAAUUGAAUGGUGAUAAUUCAGUUUAGCAAAAUAAAUAGAAUAAAAGCGUAUCUAAGAAUCAAAAUUCAUUCCUCUCUAAUCGCAGUGAAAAGGAUGAGAUAUAAGAUUAGUUAUUGAAUGAAAAGAACUUAGAGUAAUUUGAAAAAGACUCUGAUGAUGAUUCCAUUGAUUCCAAAGGAGAGCAUAAAAAUGACAAAAAUUAGAAGAAGCAGAAAAAAACUUACUUCUCUAAAUCUAAAAUUUCUAACUCACAAAAUAAUAACUCUUGA